AUGGUGACAAAAGUAAUACCAUUUAUUCGCGAAUUUUCUUUUCCUACCAUCGUGUUUACGAAACUGCGCCAGAGCCUUUUCUAUUCCCUAGCAAUCUUCAUAACUGUCUUAAUCAUUUUCUUUUACUCAAUUUCACAUAACCCAUCAUCAUCCAUCAUUCAUCAUUAUAAUCCUCUAAUUCAAAGUAUUCUCGCAUUCAACUUGACUAAUAAAUUCGACAAUUACUUACCCACCAGUCUUAUUUUCAAAAACGAUAACAGCAGUAACAACUUAGCCAACCCUAGUGAAAUUGCUGGAAACGAUGUGAAGCGCAUCUUAUUUUGGACCCCUUUUUUUGGAGUGAAAGAUUAUGGGUUUGGUAUCGGUCGGGAUGCCUUCACCAAAGCCAAAUGUCCUGUCAAUAAUUGUAUGACGACCACCGAUCGAAAUUUAGUCAAUCAUAGUGAUGCAAUCAUCUUCCACCCAUUCGACGUCAAUGUCAAAGAUUUGCCGAUGCACAGAACAGCUCACCAGCGCUACAUUCUAUUCUUUUACGAAGCCUACGUCAGUCACAGAAAUUUCCCCGUCUUUCAAAAUCCCGCCACCAAUUUGGAAUUCUUUAAUUGGACGAUGACGUACCGUCGGGAUUCAGAUAUUUAUGGUUCCAGUUACGGCAGUAUCACGCGGAGGAAUCAAUCGGCUCAGUUGAACACAUUGCCUCCGCUAUUGUUGCCGGAAGAAUCUCCGCCGGAUCCUUCUACCUUUUGGCAAUUCAGCGGACUCAAUCAAUCGCGACAGCAUCCGGCAGUUGCCAACCGGACGAAAUCGGUGGCCUGGUUCGUCACCAACUGCAACACUCCAAGUAAACGUGAAAUCUUCUUCCGCCAAGUGGCCAAGUACAUCCCGAUCGACAUUUUCGGCGGAUGCGGACCGCUGAAAUGCCUCCGUGGGGGCAGCGAGAAUUGCGACCAAUUAUUAGAUGAUUACAAGUUUUACAUUUCGGCGGAGAAUUCCAUCUGCCCCGAUUACAUCACCGAGAAAUUCUACCGGGCCCUCGAGAUGGGCGUCGUUCCCGUCGUUUACGGAGGUGCUGAUUACUCGGCCUACGCCCCGCCCCAUUCCUACAUCAACGCGGCCGAUUUCGAGUCUCCCCAAGCGCUGGCCGAUUACCUCCUCCUGAUCGAGCGCAAUCCUCGACUCUAUUCGGAAUACCUGGACUGGAACAAGGACUGGGAAAUAAACAAACAGAAACAAUCAGAAGGUUGGUGCCUCCUUUGCCAGAAACUCAACGCAGCACAAUCAAAAGAGCAACAGCAGCCAAAUAAUAAUUCAUCAAAAGUGUACCGAGACAUGGCCAAAUGGUAUUACGAAACCGUUUCCUGCAUACCAGGAUCAACUAUCCUAAAUAAAUAUGGCAUAUCUUAA